GAAAUUUGGGGAGGGCUGACCUGCCGGCCAGUCGGUCCUUGGCUCGAUUUGUGGAUCCAUGGCAGCCAGCUCACUCGAACAACGCGCGCCCAUGCUGCGCACAGCGCCUCAACAUGGAUCGAGACUCGUCACCAUUUUAGUCGUUGCAACGAUGGUGGUGUCGCUUGGUCUUGUACUCUCUCGACCAUCGCACGAAAUGGAAGCGGUGCAAGCGUUGAGAGCAGUCCCCAAACAAACGAGGAAUCCGAUCAUUGGAGUUCACUCGCACCAAGAUUCAGAAUUUGGCGACGAGUUUAUCGCUGCAUCGUACAUCAAAUGGAUCGAGAGCGCAGGUGGCCGCGCGGUGCGCAUACCGUGGAAUGCGCCCGAAGACGAGCUCACACGACUUCUCUCCAGCGUGAACGGCGUCCUUUUUCCAGGUGGCGACCCCGAUCCAAGCCCUGCCGCGGCGUUCGUGUAUGCUCGAGCGCUCGAGUUGAAUCGCAAUGGCACGCACUUUCCACUGUGGGGCACGUGCUUGGGAUUUGAAUGGAUGUUGCAGCUGCAAACAGCCAACCUCCACAUCCUGGACAAAGUCGACGCGCAGAACUUGAGCUCAACUUUGAGCUUGGUGCAUCCGCGUCAGAGUCGCUUGUUCAGCUUCAGUCCAGUUUUCAACUCCUUGACGACGGAGCCCAUCACGGACAACUUUCACCAUUUUGGCAUCCUAGCGGAUCAUUUUGCUGCGACCGAGUUGCUCACGUCGUUUUACAAGGUUCUCGCCACAUCACAAGAUCGACAAGGAGCGACUUAUGUCGCUGCGAUCGAAGCCGUGGACGUGCCAUUCUACGGGGUUCAAUUUCACCCAGAGAAAAACCCGUAUGAGUUUGGCCUGUCGGCGGACGGCACGAGCUACGAAUCGAUCGACCACAGCUAUGCUGCCAUCAUGACAUCGCAAGCGUUUGCCCACUUCUUCGUCAGCGAAGCGCGGAAGAACGACCAUGGAUUCCCCACACCGGCUGAAGAGCAAGCUGCGCUCUUGUACAACUCGCCUCGGUCCAAUCGAUCGUACCCGAUGUACGAAGAAGUGUUUGUGUUUAGCACGAAGUAACAAGCGACCCGUCCUCUCGAUCGGGAACUUUAUGCACGUCGGGGGCUCAUGGAAACACGAGCACCUCAACGUAGACAGGGUACGACCUGUUGGAGGUCGGGACGUUGUACAGCAGGGACGACCGCUUGACUUCAGCGUCGGCAAAAGAAUGAUUGUUGCGCCUCGCUUCUUGCAUAAAGAAGUGGCCGAAUGCUUGCGAGGUCAAGAUCGCUUCAUACGUGUGGUCGAUCCACUUCCACAAGUUCCCGUCAGGGUACUCGCCAAACUCGAACGCGUUCUUCUCCGGGUGGAAUUGCGUGCCGUAGAAAGGAUAUUUGUACGCUUCGAUCACUGAAAUGUACGUGCGUCCUUGGCGGUCCACCGAUGUCGCGACGGGGUUGUAGAAUGACGAGAGCAAGUCCGUGGCGGCAAAGUGAUGGUCAAAGAUGCCAAAGUCGUGGAAGUUGUCUGUGAGCGGCGCGGUUUUCAGCACGUCAAACACCGGGCUGAAGCUGAAAAUGCGACUCGGAAUGGCAUUGCGGUCGGGUGGCGGGAAUGCCAAUGUCGAGCUGAUGUUGGCGGCGUCGACAGUGUCCAAGAUCGAGUUGUUCUUGGACUGAAGCUGCACGAGCCACUCGAAGCCCAAGCACGUUCCCCACACGGGGAAGUACGUCCCGUUGUCGUUCAACUCAAUCGCGUACUGGUAAAUGAACUCAGCGGCUUCGUUCGGGUCGCCGUCCCCGCCAGGAAAGAGCACUCCAUUGACGCUGCGCAGCAGCUUACGGAGCUCGGUCUGCGACGCAUUGUACGGAAUGCGAACGGCGCGACCACCAGCACUUUCGACCCACUUGACGUACGACGCUGCAAUGAUUUCGUCGUGGUAGGUAGACGACUGAUGUGAAUGGAUGCCAAUGAUGGGGUUCUUGGUGAGCACGGGAAGGUUGCCAUGGAGCACGACUCGUCCCGACGAUGGAGAAGCACAUGUGAUGUACACAGUGACGACCACGACGGCAAGCAACGACACCACAGCCGCGAUACGGUACAUCGCAUUCUUGCGGCGUUGAGGCGUGCGCGCGGCGCCGGGCUUUGUGAGGAUGGGCAGUGUGUCUUCCGUGGAUCCCAUCGCCCCAAGUGCUGUGGAAGAGUAGAAAGGUUUCAUCGUCUGUUCGUUG